GUUGCUCUUCCCGUACAGUACAACUGCAGAAACCAAGCCCCUGGUGGACACCUGGUGUCAGUGCAUAACUCAGAGGCUAAUGAUGAUCUGCUCUGCAUUGUGAUCAGGUUUAACCCACAAAACCUGCGCAUCUGGAUCGGAGGCUUUGAGUUUUUUCAGUCUGGUAGAUUCAUCUGGACUGAUGGUUCCUCCUGGAACUAUCAAACUUGGACACCUGGUGAGCCUAACAACUGGAACUCCAGAGAAGACUGUGUGGAAAUGAACUUUAAUCAUGUUGGCAAAUGGAAUGACUUAGCUUGUCAUGAUAAACAAAACUACAUCUGUGGCUUCAAAGUGAAGACAACUUUGACUCAGACUUUGGGCCUAGACUGAACUUUUUUUUUAUCAUUGCAUGAAACCUUCAGCAUG